UACCGGGGAUAACAAGUAACCAUUAAUAAUGGACGACAUCAACAACGCCAGGGCAGGGAUGCUCACAGGAGCUUACUCUAAACAAUAUCGUAACCUGCAGUCACAGCAACUGGAGCAUCUGAAAGAGCUAGAAUAUGACAGUAAAGCAGACUCCCUGGCCAGGUCUAAAAAACUUACAUAUGAAACCAAUAAACGUAGAAGAGCACUUGCCGCCAAACGCAGGGCUGAAGCAGAUAGAGAGGAAAAGAGGAGGAAGUUGAUAUUAAGUAAGCGGCGCGAACAGCAGCGGGAGGCAACAGAGCGUUAUCAGAGAUCACAUGUUUCGUCUCGACCAAACAGUCAUACUGGAGGUAAAACAUCUCCAAAUCGUGCCCUCGAGGAUACUCUACGUCUGGUGCGAGGAUCCUUGUCAAGACAAAAUAGUACAGGGUCUAUGAGUUCAGUGUCACGGCAGAAUAGUGCAAGCUCUAUGGGUUCAAGUGGCCAUUCAAAUAACAGAGACCCUCUAAACCGUCCUUACUUCAACAAGUAUGCCAGUGCACACCGUCCUCCCUCCCCAGGGGAUGUACAUAAGGCUUCCAGGCCAGGCAAGGAUGCAGAGAAACGAGAAAAACUUCAUGAUAAAAGUUUACGCAAUCUUUCAAACAGCAGAAGUUUGUUUGAGCAACAGCUUGAACAUCACCAACAGUUACUGGUACAGGAUCAGCAACAGUCCUUGUAUGAAUUCAACAAUGCUAUCAUGCAGGAAAUUGCAUCGGACAGAACGGUUCAAGGGGAGGAAGAAGUGGACUUAGGGGGUAUGGUUCACAGUGAAAGUUUAGACAGUGUGGACAGCCUAGAAGGCUCGGAAAGCACCCCCCGGAGUAAGGGUAAUGGGUGGGGAGGACGAGGUGUGGAUGAUGAGCCUGCAAACACCAGUGAAAUGGUCUAUGAUGGAAAUCAGAACUUGAAAGAUAUGAAAAACAUGCUGUACAAUAAUGGUGAUCGUGUCGAUCAACAUCACUUGAACAGCCAACUAAACUCACGCAAUGAUCAGAUUUCAAAUGACCAACGGACUUUUUAUUUGGAAACAAAUGCUAGAAUUGAAUCAUUUAAUGUGGAUCAUGUACCUUAUCCUCCCUCGAGUCCGAGGAAUGCUCCCAAGACAGAAACACGUCCUAAAGUACAGGUACGUGCUUGGACUACUCCUUCUCCUGUAGACCCAGCAAGUGCUCGAAGUAAUUCAGCGUAUUCUGACACUUCUAACAUGGCCACCAAAAACAAUCCAUUUGCUGUGCGUAAUACAAUGACAUCAGUGACAACUACUACAGCUUAUGGUAAAGGCCAGACUCCAGGGGUCCACAGUUACGUCCAGAGCAAUGCAUGGACAGAGGAGGCUGAUAACCUUCAACAACAGUACACAUCAAACCCUCAAAGGACUAAUAGCUUUAACCAGCCGUAUGUCAGCACUGGGAUGUAUUCCCAAGCCAACGUACCCUCAUCAGAUCAAAACGUUACUAGUGUUAACCAACCACGGCCAGUAAAUUCUAAUUGUGAUAAUUCAGGUGCAAAACAGGUGCUACUACAAAAUGGUGUAAGUUGUAAUACUGUUCAGCCUAUGUCUCAGCCCCAGCCUGUGUAUAGUAAACCAACUACUACACAAGUACAGCAUGAAUCUGGGAAAAACCUGGAUUUCUUAGAAACAGUGACUAAUGGUAUAUUGGAGGUAAACAACGACCCUCCAGUGCCGUCUACUCCACAAUCUGCAAGUCGUUUACCUCGCCCCGUCAGUUCUACCAAACCUAAUCCGGUACCACCUAAUGUUAAUCUCCCCAAACCAACACACCCUGUCAUUGUGAGUUCUCAGAAUGGAGUACAAUCCUUCUCAAAGCCCUCAGUUUGCACCGUCAAUACUUCUACAACAUCCAGCUUUGGCUAUGUAAAUGGCAAAGUGGCUGUGUUGCCUGAUCAUCCAGCUGUACAGGUGCGUCAUGUGACAUACCAGACAUUUCGUGCUGAGGAACCUCCAUCAGUCGUUGGCAGACAAAGGAAGGCCAAGGAUGAUAGUGAGCUUGUAAAAUCCUCAAAACGUAAUGACGACAUGGAGGUUGGUGAGGGAGAAGGCGUACAGGGCAUUCUAAAGCGACGACCUCCUUCUGGAGGGAUACUCAAAAAGGCUGGUUCCACGGGCAGUAUGAAUAAAAAAUUUGAUGUACGGGACAGUCUGGAGGUGACAAGAUCUCAUCUACAGCAAGAAAAAAAUUCACCGUCACCAAAGAAGAAAAGUGUGAGGUUUGCCGACUAUGAUUUGUAUGAAGACGAAGAUGAAGCUGAGCAUACAGAGAGUGAUUACUUGUCUAGAAAACCAGGUUACUCUCAGCGUCCUGUUUCGGCCAAAGCGGUCAUGCAGAGUGCUCAUACGGAACCCACAGGGAAACCUCCACGUGUGGCCAGCGCUGGAAUAAAUCGAACGUGGAAUGGGCCACAGAAACAUAAGUCAACAAUACGGCCACAGGCUGCCGCACACAUCAUAACACAUAACCGAACGCCAGCGACUGGGAUUAAUGGCACUAUGGACAAAGCUGUUACUGUUACAAACAACAAUUUCAUGAGUAAAGUUCCAGUACAAAAUGGAAAGGCUUCCUCUAGUGCUCCUGGUGGGUCAGAGGUCAUGGUAUAUAAUCUAGCUAGGUUAAAUAGCGCUGUAGCUGCAAAGAAAAAUGAAACAAAUUCAAACCAUCAACAGCCAUCGGUCAGUAAUUUACCUCCAUCUCAAGGGGUUAGUGCUGGUGGUAAAACACAGGAUACGCCUGUAUAUGAUGAAAAUGGGAUGCGUAUUGACCGAACACCAACAGACGAUGAGAUAAACUUUCUCUGGGACAAAGUAAGAACUUGUCUAAAUCGUACUAGUACUACUGGACAAAGUACUGUUGUUGAACCCGAUAAACCGAUACAGAUAAACGAACAACAUCAGUCCCAGCCUCGACAAGCUGCCACCAUGUCAAAUACGUAUAUUGAUGGUGCUGCCCUGGGACAGAUGUACAAUACCCGGGUUGCUCCCUCACAGCCUCACACACAACCAUUCUCCAACCAGACAUCUUACCAGAGAAAACCUGGCAGUGCUGCAGAUCAGGCCUAUGCUCGCAGGUAUGGUCUUCUACAACAGCGAAGACAACACAACCCCAACAGUUUGGGUAAGGGUCCGGCCUCGACACCCAGUAGAGAGUUCAUCACUUAUCAUGGCCCAGUGAUGAGCAACACGGAACCGCAACAAGGAAUGAAUCCUUCUUUACCCCCUGAUGCCAGUGAAAGUAUGGCUGCCUUCAUGGUAGCAGAACAGUUAACCCAACAACAGCAAUCUAUUUCUGACAGUCAGAUCAAUGUUGCAAUGGAGGAGGCCCAGAAAACACAGCAAGCCAACAACAAUGCUAGACCAAACCAGAAAGUGCCUUCGGCCUUGUCUAUAGAAGAGAAAAGGUUACUAGAGUCACUGGACAGGCUUAAUGAGAAGCUUAAAAUUUCUGAGUUCCCUGGUACAUUACCUCCCCAGCCAAACAUGCCACAAGCUCCUCCUCCUCACCACUUUGUCUAUACUCAUUGCAUAUGGUCACCUAAUACAAAUGGAUUUAAGGGCUCCAAACCGUUACUAUCACAACAGAGAGGUGGUGGAAGAGGAGGGUCCUCAACAGUUCUACGGCCAACAAACAUCCGCUUCUAA